GAUAGAGCAGUUGAGGGAUCACCUUCUCAGGGACAGUUCAGCUAUGGAAUAUAACCAGCUCCAAGACUAUGUUCUAGAGUUCAGCCUAGAUAAUUGUCCUCGGGGGAACCAGGGCUACAACCGGGUCCUACUGCAGCUGUUUGGCUUCACAGGGCACGGCAAGUCUGCCCUCAUCAACUCACUUCUAUAUGUUCUGCAAGCUGGGAAAUAUAAAAUACAUGCUAAAUCAGGGAUGACCCCAAGUGGGGGUGCUGUAACUAUGGAGAGAAGAGCCUAUGAAAUCACACCCACCAUCACAGUUGUGGAUAACAGAGGACUUGUGAGAAUGACUGACUAUGAGAUGAGAAUGAUUUACGCACAGUUGGGUAACUUUGUACCCCUGAAUAAGAAGGUGGAAUGGAGAGGCAAUUAUGAAGAGUUUAUGUCCCAGCUAGAGGAUUCCGAGCUGGACCCAAAUUACACAGACUUUAUAGUUCCCGUGUUUAUCUAUAAAGUGCUGUACACAUUGCCAGAGCAGGAGAAGUCACAGAUGAAGGCGUUUUUUAAAAACUGCAGAGACCUGACAGGUGUUUUUCCAAUCGUUGUCCUCACCUACAAAACAAGUGGGAAUUAUUUUGAGGUUGAAAAGAUGUUUAAAUGUUUGGGUGCAGAGGUGGUAGUGGCAGUGGAGAACUACUCUGAAGAGGAUCAGACACAGACACAAGGGAGAAAUACAGAUUUCCUUAGCCUCCUUAAAUAUGCUUUGGAUGAUGUCAGAUUCCGAAUGGUGCACCCAAGGAACCCGAAGGAAGAACGUAUACAGAGAAAGAAAUUCCUGCACAUAUAUAGUCAUAAUACUUACAUGGAAGAGAAAUCAAAGAAAGAAAGAUUUAUGGCUAGGAAAAGAAUGGAGGAUAGGAAAAGAUUUUUUGCUAGGAAAAGAGAGGAGGCUAUAAGAAAAAGGGAAGCUAGGAGGAGAGAAGAGGAGUCUAGGGAAAGAGAGGAGGCUAGGAGGAGAACAGAAGAGGCUAAGAGGAGAGCAGAGGAGGCUAGAGCAAUAGAGGAGGCCAGGAGAAGAGCAGAGGAGGCUAGAGCAAUAGAGGAGGCCAGGAGGAGAGCAGAGGAGGCUAUGAGAAGAGAGGAGGAAUCAAGGAGAGCAGAGGAGGCCAGAGAAGGAGAGGAGGCUAGGAGAAGAGAGCAGGCUAGGAGAAGAGAGGCGGCAUCAAGGAGAGCAGAGGAGGUCAGAGAAAGAGAGAGGGUUAGGAUGAGAGCUGAGGAGCAUAGAAGGAAGACUGAGGGAAGCUGCUUUAUUCAGUGA